ACAUAGCCAUGGCCACUACCAAAGCAUCUCUCACACUCUUCUUCUCUCUCCUCCUCUCCUUCAUCUUCCAAACCUCCGGCAUACCAGAUAUCGGAACUCCGGUACCAUGUGGGCCCGGAACCACCGGAGAAUGUUAUGACAAACCUGAAGCACAAAAGCUUAAGAUCAUAGCUUUCAUUGCCAUACUUAUAACUAGUAUGAUAGGUGUAUCUCUUCCUCUUAUUUCUCGUUCAGUUCCAGCACUUCAACCAGAUCGAGAUCUCUUUGUUUUAGUAAGAGCUUUCGCUUCCGGCGUAAUUCUUGCAACUGGGUAUAUGCAUGUAUUGCCUGAUUCUUUUGAUUGUUUGAGAUCUCCAUGUUUACCUGAACAUCCAUGGAAGAAAUUUCCUUUUACUACUUUUGUAGCUAUGUUAUCUGCUGUGAUGACUUUAAUGAUUGAUUCAUUUGCUAUGACUUUUUAUAAGAAAGUUAAUAGUAAUGGACGUGUGGAAACAUCUUCAAGGAAUAUUGUUUCUGAUGAUGAUUCAUGUAAGUCUGGGCAUUAUCAUGCAAUUGGAACCAUUGAAGAGGAAGAACCAAGUGAACAAUUAUUAAGAAAUCGAAUCGUUGCUCAGGUAUUGGAAUUAGGUAUUGUAGUUCACUCUGUGGUUAUUGGGCUUUCUUUAGGGGCUUCUCAGAAUCCUUGCACCAUUAAACCACUUGUGGCUGCUCUUUGUUUCCAUCAACUCUUUGAAGGAAUGGGUCUUGGUGGAUGUAUUUUACAGGCAGAGUAUGGGAACAAGAUGAAGGCAAUAAUGGUGUUUUUCUUCUCAACAACAACACCAUUCGGGAUUGCACUUGGGAUUGGAUUAUCAAAUGUGUAUAGUGACAAUAGUCCCACAUCUCUGAUAGUUGUGGGACUAUUAAAUGCUUGUUCAGCUGGGUUACUUAACUAUAUGGCAUUGGUUGAUCUCUUGGCAGCUGAUUUCUUAGGACCCAAAUUGCAGAGCAGUAUAAAGCUUCAGAUGUUAGCUUACCUUGCCGUUUUGUUGGGUGCCGGCGGCAUGUCAGUAAUGGCAAAAUGGGCAUGAAAAAGAAGGAUAUUUAGAAUGUUGUU